AUGGAUUUUAAAACAAACGAAAUAGUACCCCAGGUGGGUAGAUCAUCGCGUGACAAAUCCCACACCAGUAACAAGGUCAGCCUCAAGGAUUCUGGGGGAGGCAAAAAUUCAUCUCCUCCACUCUUAAUACAGAACAAAUUUAAAUUUCACCUAGCCACCUAUAAUAUUCGAACAAUGAGAUCAACCGAACAUCUGGAAGAAUUAGAGGUGGAACUAUCCCAUAUCAAAUGGAACAUCUUGGGCCUAUGCGAAACCAGAUUACCGGACGAAAAAUGCAUCACACUGAAUUCAGGCCACCUUUUGUAUCGAAACAACAGAGAGGAUAAUACACACAUUGGCGGAACAGCGAUAAUGAUUCAUAAGAGUAUAAAGCGGCUAGUUACUAAGAUGAAAUCCAUAUCGAGUAGAGUCAUUUACAUAGUAUUGAAGAUAUCGAAAAGAUAUAGCGUCCAAAUAAUUCAAGAAUAUGCCCCUACAAGCUCUGCACCCGAUGAUGAGGUAGAGAGAUUCUACGAUGACAUUUCACAAGCGCUGACAAUAGAAACAGCACACUACAAAUACAUUAUUGGCGAUUUCAAUGCUAAACUAGGAGUACCAGCGGGAAACGAAAAUCAAUAUGUGGGUAAAUUUGGACUGGGUUGUACCAACGAACGAGGAGAAAGACUGAUCAAUUAUCUCCAAAAAGAAAGUAUGUACUGUAUGAACUCCUUCUUCAAAAAAUCAGAAAAGAGACGUUGGACAUGGAGAAGGCCGAACUCAAAUACGAAAAACGAGAUCGACUACGUACUAACCAAUAGAAAGCUUAAUAUAAAAGACAUUUCGGCCCUAAAUCGCUUUGAUACUGGUAGCGAUCACAGGUUGGUAAGAGCUAAAAUAGAAAUAAACGUGAAGAGUGAACGAAAUAAGCUAAUCAAAAUACAACCAUUUCCCAUAUCAAAAACAAUCCAGAAAAACCGCCAAAAAUUCCAAGCUGAACUCGACAAGAAAUUGUCUAAUAAAGAAGCACUGAACAGCUUAAAUAUAAACGACCUAGAAAACAGAAUAAGUACUGACAUUAGAACGACAGCCAAAAAGAUAUGUGCCGCUACCAAGAAAAAUAAUUCAAAAAUAAAAAAGGAAACUAGAGAACUCAUGGCGAAGAGAAGAAACUUGGAGAAAGGGAAUCAUAAAUACAAUGAAAUUAACAGAUUGAUAAAAAAGAAAACAAGGGAAGAUUUAAGGCAAUACAACACAGAAAUGAUAACAACGACCAUCGAAAACAACAAAAACAUGAAAGCACUUAAAACACGUAACAAUGAUGGACGUUUCCAAAUACAUCAACUAAGGGACGCAAACGGAAACAUCAAAGAGGACAGUAAAGAUUUAAUGGAUAUCGUGAAAAAUUUCUACAGCACACUGUACACAGGAGACAAUCCAGAACAAGCAAUCGGAGUUGAUGAAACGAUUCUCAAUGUAGGCUCCGAAGAUCUUCCUGACAUCACCAGAGAAAAAGUAGAACUAGCAUUGUCUCAAAUGAAAAACGGUAAAGCACCAGGGGAAGAUGGAAUUACAGCUGAAAUGAUAAAACUUGAGGGAAGAACCACUGUAGAAGCAAUGACAAUUCUUCUUAAUAAAUGUAUGACAGAAGGCGUGAUACCUCAAGCAUGGCAAAAGGCCCAGCUUACUCCACCCGUACAAACUUCUGACAAAGAUAGUAACAAAUAG